GCCUGACAAGAAGCUAGCACCAUGAAGACUUUAGUUGUUUGCUUACUCGCCCUUGGAUUAGCUAGUGCUUCAGAACAGAGGUUCAAGCGAAGCUGGUCGCAUGGUGCAGUCAUCCCCGGAGCAGCUACUCAUGGAGUUGUGGUACCAGGAGCCGUAUCCCACGGAGUCGUAGUGCCAGGAGCCGUAUCUCAUGGAGCUGUCAUCCCAGGAGCUGUCUCUCAUGGCGCUGUCAUCCCAGGAGCUGUGUCCCACGGUGCCACUAUCGCUGGCCCCGUGGACGGAGGUGCUGCCAUCGCUGGUCCCGUUAAUGGUGGUGCUCACUUGGUCGGACCUGUCAAUGGUGGAGCUCAUCUUACCGGUCCCGUCAAUGGUGGAGCAGCUAUAACAGGUCCCGUCAAUGGAGGAGCUCAUCUUGCUGGCCCCGUCAAUGGAGGAGCUCAUCUUACUGGCCCAGUCAAUGGUGGAGCUCAUCUUACUGGCCCAGUCAAUGGUGGAGCUCAUCUUACUGGUCCAGUCAAUGGUGGAGCUGCCCUUUCAGGUCCAGUCAAUGGUGGAGCCGCCCUUUCAGGCCCAGUAAAUGGAGGUGCUCACCUUGCCGCCCCCGUCAAUGGAGGAGCUUACCUUACUGCCCCCGUCAAUGGAGGAGCUUACCUUACCGCCCCAGUCAAUGGAGGAGCUCAUCUUGCUUCCCCAGUCUACGGAGGAGCUCACCUCACCGCCCCUGUCUAUGGAGGAGCCCAUCUCGGUGCACCCAUCUAUGGAGGAGCUGCCCUUGGAGUACCAGCUGUAGCUCAUUCCUGGAGUUAUGGUAGCCAUUCUGGUCAUUGGGUGCAUUAAAGCCUUACGUUGUCAUGACCGGUACAUAUAUAUAAUGUAAAUACACAUUUCUAAAAAUCAAUUAUCUUAUUAUAUAAAUCGGACCUUCUCGUUCCUUUGUUUAUUUGGUUUUCAAUUCUAUUAAAAAUGAACUAUACAGGCUCAUCCCGAAGGAGAUUUAAAGUUAAAAAUCUAUGAUAUGCC